UUCAACAUGGAUGACAAAAUUUACUAUUAUUGUAAUGAUUAUGAAUCCUAUGAAAAAACUGCGCGCAUUCGGCAUUCACGGCCCUAGUCGGUGAUUUUUUGCUUAGAUAGUAAUUUUAAUACGUAAAAAUUCGGGUAAACGAUAGGAGAGAGGUAUUUCAUCUUACCUAAAUGACUGAUUACGAGGAAGAACAGCGCCAAGAACUUGAGGCACUUGAGGCUAUUUACCCUACGGAAUUUAAACUGAUUGAAGAACCCAACUGUUUUGAGAUUACAGUUGCUUCUGAGCACGAUGAAGACAAUUCUAUAAAAUUUUCAGUAAGUGUUCAAUUUACAUAUGUGGAAAACUACCCAGAUUGCCGGCCAUUUAUUGAGCUCAAAUCUCGCGAUGGCUUAACAGAUAAUCAUCUUCAUUCUCUAAAAGAGUUUCUCCAUGAAAAAGCAGAAGAAAAUCUUGGAAUGGUAAUGAUAUUUACGUUAAUCUCGGAAACGCAGGAGUUUCUUAAUGAAGCUGUUGAAAAAGAGAAGAAUUCACAAGAAGAAGAGAGGCAACGAAAGUUGAAGGAAGCGGAGGAGGCAGAAUUGGCCAAACUAACUGGAACCCCGGUUACACAUGAGAAUUUUAUCAUUUGGAAACUGAAGUUUGAUGAAGAACGCAAAACCGAUGAAGUUAAGAUAGAAAUAAAAAACAAGCUGACAGGAAGGCAACUAUUUGAACAGAAUGCAUUGAUGGGGACAUUGGAUGAGGCAUUUAUGGGAGAUGAUAUUAAAGUUGAUGAAUCACUGUUUCAAGACUUGGAUGAUUUAGACCUUGAUGAUGAUGAUCUUAAUGAAUAAUAUAAAUAUGAUGUUACUACAUAGUAAUGCAUUAUGGUUCUACAUUAUAAUGUAUGAUGGUUCUACAUAAUGUAUGAUGGUUCUACAUAAUGUAUGAUGGUACUACAUAAUGUAUGAUGGUUCUACAUAAUGUAUGAUGGUUCUGCAUAACAAUGUAUGAUGGUUCUACAUAAUGUAUGAUGGUUCUACAUAAUGUAUGAUGGUUUUACAUAAUGUAUGAUGGUUCUACAUAAUGUA